GCUUUUUCUCAACCAAGUUCUUAGUCUAACGAGAUUUUAUCGAAUCAAUAGAGUGGAAAGAUGCGAGUUCUAGCCGGAUUUGUGCUGUUGGCGGUGGCUUUCCAAGCUACCCUGGGUUAUACGCUUCCCCGCGAGCGGCGCCAACUAAGCUCAUCGUCGGUGAUGGCCAUCGAAGGAGACGCCGACGGUCGUGCCGGUAUUCCAGGGCUCAGUGAAAUCCAAGCGGCCAUCGAUGUGGCGCAGUUUUUGAUCAACAUCGGUCAACAGGUGCUUCCGGCAAUACUGCAAAGCUUAGCAUCUCCGCCGAUGGGCGGAGGUGGCACCCGAAUGGAUGAAAUGCAGCUCAUCCAAACGGUUCGUCAACGAAUGAUGGCAUCCGGUAGGGAUUCAUAAAGCAUUAGGUUCAGAAAAAAAUGUUGAAAUAAAAAAAUUAGAAAAUGAA